ACCUCCGCUUUGUCUUCCACACAAAAACCCUUUUCCCAACACAGAGAGCUUCUUCUUCUUUCUCCAUCGCCUCACUUCUUCCUCUUCGAUACCUUCUUCCUUCAUCCGAACAGUGAAUCAGUCACCAGUUCCCUAUCAUUUGGCGAAAAGAUGGUGAGCAAAAGACAGAUAUUAGCUCGGAAGCGAUUCAAAGAAGCAAACCCAGAACUGUUCCCGAAGCCAGAGCCAACGCCCCCCAAAGACCCAAACAAGAAGAAGAAAAAGACGGACAAGUUCAAGCGCAAGAAAUCAGACGGGAAAGAAACAGGGAAACCCAACAAAGGAAACUUUAGAAAGCACCCACUUAGAGUACCUGGGAUGAAACCUGGUGAGAGCUGCUUCAUAUGUAAGGGCCAAGAUCAUAUAGCUAAGCAUUGCCCUGAGAAAGAACAGUGGGAAAAGCACAAGAUAUGUUUGCUAUGUCGGCGACGUGGGCACAGUCUGAAGAAUUGUCCUAACAAGGAUGAUGAAACCAUGGAUAAGAGAUUGUGUUAUAAUUGUGGGGAAACUGGACAUUCCCUUGAUAAAUGCCCACAACCUCUUCAAGAAGGGGGAACAAAGUUUGCAAGUUGCUUCAUUUGUAACGAACGUGGGCACUUAAGUAAGAAUUGCCCUGAAAAUACUCAUGGGAUCUAUCCAAAGGGUGGGUCUUGUAAGAUUUGCAUUGGCGUAACUCAUUUAGCCAAAGAUUGUCCUCAUAAAGGGAAUAGAGGUUCUAAUGCUGCCAGUGGAGGUGGCAUAACAUCAGAUGAAGGAAUGCAAAGAGGAAAGGUGACCAAGUUUAUAAGCGGGGAUGAUCUUGAUGAUGAUUUUCUGAUGGGGGAGGCAGAUGGUAGCAAAACCAAGCCUUCCGAAUCAAAAGGUGAUCCUGCUUCUGAUUUUAAGACAAAUAAUGUAAAAGCGAAGAAGAAACAGGGUCCCAAAGUCGUCAAUUUUGUUGGUUGUUGUAUUUAUCUGUUGGAUGCUGUAUUCAACUUCCGUGAUCAUGCGGUUCUGUGGGAAAUAAAUACUAUUUCUAGUUUCGCGAAUGCGGCAUCUGGAAUGGCGGUGGAAGACGAGUGUAAGCUGAAGUUUCUGGAGCUGAAAACGAAGAGGAACCACCGUUUCAUCAUCUUCAAGAUUGAGGGCCAAGAAGUUGUCGUGGAAAAGCUCGGUGGCCCCGACGAAAACUACGACGACUUCACUGCCUCUCUCCCUGCCGAUGAGUGCCGCUACGCUGUCUUUGAUUUCGAUUUCAUCACAGAUGAGAAUUGCCAGAAGAGCAAGAUUUUCUUCAUUGCAUGGUCACCGGACACAUCAAAGGUGAGAAUGAAGAUGGUGUAUGCCAGCUCCAAGGACAGAUUCAAGAGAGAACUGGAUGGAAUCCAAGUUGAAUUGCAAGCAACCGAUCCCAGUGAGAUGAGCAUGGACAUUAUUAAAGCCCGAGCCUUCUGAAUUAUUAAUUCAAAUCUGAGUCGUCCAUUCGAGAUGAAAUUUGAGCCGUCCAUUAUCGAGCAUGGACGGCCCGGAUGGGGGCAACACCCUAAGGGACAGCAUCGGUCACCGGGUUCAUUUUAAUGGGAGUAGCUCUACUAUGUUUGUGUUUUUUUUUUGGUUACCUUUGGUCAAUACUGCGCAACUGCUCUGCUUCGAUCACUAAUGUAAUAUGAGUACAUUAUGCAUGUUUUUAAA